AUGGCUUCUUCUCUCCAUAGCCUCUAUUUCUUUCUUGCAAUUUUUAUUUGCAGUUCUGUGCAUGCUGCAAAUGUGCCGCCAUCUAACGGGCUUGUCCUUCCCGUUAAGAAGGACGCAAAAACUUCACAAUACUACACGACACUAGAAAUGGGCAGCAACCGUGUCACGAUUAAUGCUGUCAUUGAUCUUGGCUCCCAGUUCUUGUGGUUUUCCUGUGAUUCCUACACUUCAUCAACCUAUAAUCCAAUUCCCUGUGAAUCCCAGAAAUGUGAAAAAGUGAAGGGAUUUGGAUGCAUAGGUUGCAGUCAGGCUCCUCGUCCGGGGUGCACCAAUGACACUUGUAUUGCCUCCCCAUACAGUCCCUUUGAAAAUUUGCUUUAUCCUGAAGGGAUUGCAGAGGAUACAUUAUACUCCAAAAAUAAUAUGAAAGUUUUCGAGCUUCCUUUUUCUUGUUUCCAUUCAGAGCACCUGACUGGUUUCGCCAUUAUAGCUACUAGAAUGCUAGGCCUUGCAAGGACUGAGAUUUCCUUGCAUAAACAAGUUGCAGAUAAAUUCAAGUUACCUGACAAAUUUGCAUUGUGUAUACCACCUGAUAAAGGGGUGGGGAAAAUAUUCAUUGGUGGGGGAAAGGACACUACUACUAAAUUACCUCUGUCUACACCUCUUAUUAUAAAUCCAGUUAGCACUUACCCAAUUUACAGUGAAGGCGAUCCAUCUGAUGAGUAUUUCAUCGAUGUACAAUCUAUCAGAGUCGAGGGGACGCCUCUGGCUAUCAAAACAUCGUACUUAACCUUUGACAAAGAAGGAGUUGGAGGGACAAAAAUCAGUACAAUAAACAAUUUCACCGUUUUGCAUAGUUCAAUUUACAAGCCUUUCACCAGGGCAUUUGUCAAGGCCGCGUCCAACAUGAAGAUCAAAAGUGUAGCAGCAGUGGCACCAUUUAGAGAAUGUUUCAGAAAGGAUGUUUACUGGAGAAUAUAUGGAGAAAACUCAUUGGUUAAAGUUAAUAAUAAUGUCUUAUGUCUCGCAUUUGUGGAUGGUGGGAAAAAGCCAAGAACUUCAAUCGUCAUAGGCGGAUAUCAACUAGAGGAUAAUCUUCUUGAGUUUGAUUUGGUUUCCUCAAAGAUCAGCUUUAGCUCAUCCCUUCUUCGCCAAAGUUCAAGCUGUUCUCGUGUUUGA